ACCGGUCAAGUUCGGAGGCUCUGUUUUCGCUUAAAUCUGUGUUAAAUUAAUCAAUACCUAAUUAGCCAGCUCUAUUUCUUUCAAAAUCUAUGUUGAAUAAAAGAACAAUUAAUGAAAUUUGUGUCAAGUGAAGUAAUGAAUGUAGAAUAUUGUGUGAUAUCAGAAUAUGUGUGUUCGAUUGCCUAAUAAAUAAUAAGCCAUGUCUAGUUGUUUUUAUCGAUCUGUGUUGAGUAAAAAAUAAAAAUUUAGCUAGAUCAAUGUUAAAUAGAAGAAUAACUAAGAAACUCUGUGCUAAAUAAUAUAAUAACUAAUUUAAAAGAUCUGUUCUUUCAGAUCUGUAUUCAAAUAUGAACUAAUAAUAAUCAGCCACGUCUAUAUGUUUAUAAAUCUGUGUUCAAUAGAGGAAUAUCUAAUAAAAACUGUUUUAAAUGUAGUAAUUAUAUAAGAUCUAAUUGCUUAAAUCUGUGUUACAUUGCGUAAUAAAUAAAUCGGCCAGGUCUAGUUGCUUUAAGAUCUGUGUUAAAUAAAAUAGUAAUAAAAUGUGUAUUAAAUAAAAGACUAAAUAUGGGAGAUAUACUUGCUCAAAUCUUUGUUGUGUAACAAAUAAUAACCCAGGUCUUUAAAUUGCAUUAUACGAAAAUCGUGUAUUUCCUUUAAGUAAUAAAUAAUGGAGUGGAUGGUAAGACAUCAUUUUCCCGAGUUAGAAGCAGCUGGUGUGCUCACCAUGACGGGGAAGGAACUUAUAGCUUAUCUUACAGAGAAGCCGGCGCCGGCGCCGCGCACGGGACCCCAUGGGGUCCAAGUGGUCAACACAGGCCCUGAACACACCUUCAUCCUGGACGAGGAUGCCCUGAACGAGCUGCUGGUGAGGGAAGACAUCAAGGACAGGGCUGUGGUGGUGCUGUCCGUGGCCGGCGCCUUCCGGAAGGGCAAGUCCUUCUUGCUCGACUUCUUCCUCAGAUACAUGCACCACAAAUACGGCGCGGGCGGAGGCGGAGGCGACUGGUUGGGCUCCGAUGAUGAGCCCCUACACGGGUUCAGCUGGCGGGGAGGGUCGGAGCGGGACACCACCGGCAUACUCAUGUGGUCCGAGAUAUUUAAAGCUACUCUUGAUGACGGCGAGAAGGUGGCAAUCAUCUUGCUGGACACGCAAGGCGCAUUCGACAGUGAGUCGACAGUCCGCGACUGCGCGACAGUGUUCGCGCUGUCCACCAUGCUGUCCUCCGUCCAGAUCUACAACCUCUCGCAGAACAUACAGGAGGACGACUUGCAGCAUCUCCAGCUAUUCACAGAAUAUGGCCGCCUGGCGCUAGAAGACAGCGGUCGGACGCCGUUCCAAAGACUACAGUUUCUCGUUCGAGACUGGAGUUUCCCGUACGAGGCGCCCUACGGCGCUGAGGGUGGCCAGUCUAUAUUGCAGAGGAGACUCAAGGUGUCGGACAAGCAGCACCCGGAGCUGCAGUCGCUGCGCAAGCACAUCACGUCCUGCUUCGCGGAGAUCGCUUGCUUCCUCAUGCCGCAUCCCGGCCUGCGCGUCGCCACCAACCCGCACUUCGACGGCCGCCUCAGCGACAUCGAACCCGAGUUCAAGCGGUCGCUGCAGCAGCUGGUACCGAUGCUGCUGGCGCCGCAGAACCUCGUGCCGAAGCUGAUCAACGGUCAGAAGGUGAAGUGCAAGGAUCUGGUGCAGUACUUCAAAUCCUAUAUGAAUAUCUACAAGGGCAAUGAACUGCCGGAGCCGAAGAGCAUGCUUGUGGCGACGGCGGAGGCGAACAACCUGACGGCGGUGGCGGAGGCCAAGGAGGUGUACACGAGCCUGAUGGAGGAGGUCUGCGGCGGCGCCAAGCCCUAUCUGCAGGCGCGGCUGCUGGACGCCGAGCACGCGCGCGUGAGGGACAAGGCGCUGCACGCGUUCCACGCCAAGCGGAAGAUGGGCGGGCAGGAGUUCAGUCAGGCCUACUGCGAACAACUCACACAGGACAUAGAAGACCAGUUCAAUCAGUUUCGAGCGCACAACGAGAGCAAGAACAUUUUCAAAGCGGCGCGAACGCCCUCAGUCUUCUUCGCUAUAGCGCUGUUCUUCUACGUCGUGAGCGGGAUACUGGGCUUGGUGGGCUUGUACCCGCUCGCCAACCUCGCCAACUUGGCGAUGGGGCUGGCUUUGUUGACCCUUGUGCUGUGGGCGUACAUCAGGUACAGCGGUGAGAUGCGGGAAAUGGGCGUCACAAUCGACGAGACCGCCAAUGUUCUGUGGGACAAUAUGAUGAAGCCGAUGUACCAGGCGUGCCUGGAGAAGGGUAUGCAGCACGCGGCGGCCGCGGCGGCCGAGCGCGCGCUGGCCGCGCCCGCCGCCAACGGCAAGCUCAAGCAGUUGUGAUGCUCCGCCCGUCUCCACGGGUGCGGCACGUCGUCGCCGCCGCCGCCGGUGCAGAUGCGGCGCUGCAUCCUGCGGCCGCUGCCGCGCCACACGUCGCCGCCGCGCGGGGGCUCCGCGCGGCUGCAGGCCUCCAUCAACCGCAUGGACCUCGACCUGGCCCGGCUCGGGCUCCAGGUCGCCGUCUACCUCAAGGGGGACGAGUACAAACUGCCUCAGUACGUCCCCUUUGUUUACCCCAGGCCGAGGCCUAUGAGGAGACUCGCGUCCGGUGGCUAAGUGUGUUCGCUAGAUGGCGCUGUUUACCGGUCGAAGUGUGGUGUUUAAAUUGAAAUUGGCGCAGUGUAUCGGUGAUACGAGCGGAGAAAAGUGUGUGUCAGUCAAAAUGUCAAAAAUUGUGAUGUGUGAAGUGAAAUUAGUGAUUUUUGUUGGAUAUAAUUUUUGAUAAUACCGAAUAUAAAAACCCAGGUUUUACACUUUUCGAAUACUUUAUUCAAAAUAUAAGAAACAAUUCGUCAAGAUUCAAUAGUAAAAAUAUAAAUUUGACAAAUAAAGGAGAAACAAUAAAAAUUAAUCGACAUUUAAAAUAUCUUAUAUUUUGUUUCCAAUUUAAUAUCAUAACAAAAAAAAUGUUGAAAAAACCUUUUUGCAAUCUAUUUACAAAUCAUAUCCAACUUGAAAACUAUUAGUAGCUUAAAAAAAAUUAAGUGAAUAUACCACCAUGACAUGGUGUUUAAAAUUGUUGACAGAUAUACAGUUGUGGGUGAAGGAUAGUCCAAUAUGGUUGUUUGUACAGUGUCUAGUUAAAUUUUAUGUAAUUACCUAAAUUAGUGUUAUGGCUUCAUCUGUAUUUGAUGUUUAUAAGAUAAUAUUACACAUUCUACCUUACGAGAUGUUCUAUAACUAACCUAAAACUGAUACUUUGAAUUAUGUCACUGCAAGAAUAAUAAUAAUCAUACAAUAGAAAAAAGUCCUUACUACUUCUCAUUCUUUUAUAUACCUGCAUCCCUUUCUAGAGAUACGGCAGAUUACAUCGUAACUAUAAUUUUGAUGCUCAAUUCAUUCAUUCGCAAUGAUAGUCUCUAUAAACAUCUCCUAAUUGAGCGAAUGGGAUAUUUUUAAAAUAUUUUCAUAUAUUCUAUAACUCAGACAUAUAUUCUAUAACAUCAACUACAUAAAAACAAUAUUAGAUAUCUCUUCCUCAGGUUCAGUGUGUAAUAUUUGCUUUAUUCAAAACUCAAUACUUACAGGAAUGCGCUGGCGAUGAAGAUGGUUGCUAUUUUUUCAGUGAAGUGUAAAAAUUCGCAAUGUUUUUCGUAGCUACCGGUCCCUUUCUUGUGAUUGAGUUUGUAAUCAGGAAUAUAGCUGUCCUAAUCUUGUCAUAAAUACUGUUUUUUAUUUUAUUACUGAAUGUUAUUGACAAUCUGCCGUCUACAAAAGCUAAUACUUGGUUAGCACGGCAACUUAUUGAAAAUAUAAUCGAGAUAAUGACAGUACGAAAGUUUAUCAUAUAUAUAUAUAUAUAUUUUGGGGUGAUGUUGCAUAGUCUGUAUUUUAAUAUUGUAAUUUAAUAAUGUGUUAGGCACAAAUAUCUACCAUGGCAGUAAUUUUAUUGUUUGUAAUGACACAUCUGUCAAAAUAAGUUGUUUGCGGAAUGUCAAAAUUUAGCUGAAAACCACAUAAUUCACAGGUGUGUCCUUACAUGAAAGAGAAAUCGGACACUUGUUGCUCAGCACACGGUCAGAAUGUAACUUAUAUUGGCAUUAUGUAAAACAUGACCAGAAAAAUCUGCCGUAUUGCUUACUAGUUAUUGCCCUCGGCUCCGUCCGCGUGAAUCCAUUGCGAAAGCGGAACAAACAUGAUUUUCAUAUAAACUUUCACUCCCCUUUAUAGUCACUUGGGGGUUCAUUUUUGAAAAAAAAAUGUAAUCUGUGUUUGAACGGGGGUCUUUAACUAUAUGCAUGCCAAAUUUCACCAUAAUCAGUCUAGAGAUUUAGCCAUGAAAGCGGAACAGACAGACUUUCGCAUUUAUAGUAUGGAUAAAUAUAUACUGUAACACAAAAACAUUCUUUAUUUAUUAUUUAUUGCCAAAAGAGAUACAUAUCGCAGUAAAGGCGCAAGGCGGGCUUAAAAUUUUAUAUGGCAACAUCAACUGUAGCAAAAUCAGCUAAAAGGCAUUUUUUUUUCUGGUCAGGGUAAAUAACAGUAGUGUACAGAAUUAAAAUUUCUAUUGUAACUUUAAUGUUUGUAUGUCUUUAUGUACCCUAAUCACUGUCAAAAUAGAAGUUUUGAUAAAUGUUAUCUUUGUAAUGUUAAAAUAAUUAAAGCUCGGUAAUGUUAUAUAAAAUGUAAACAUAAUUCAGUAUAGUCUCCUUUUGGUGUGCAAAUGACAUAAUCUAAAAAAUAGUAUAGGUUUAACAUUAUCAGAAAUAUCAAGUAACUUGUUUAUCACAAGAGCUCAUUAAAAAUAAGCCGGAUAUUAUAAUUGCCAAAGAGUACAAACCAAUUAAUUGAUCGAAAUAAAAUCAUUCAUUUAACUUAAUAAUCAGACUUUCAUAACUUAAAUUAUUAAUGCAAUAAUAAUUAUAAACUCAUAUAUAUGGUGUUUCGCCCACCAAGUCCGCCGCAACGGUCCGAUAUCCGAUAAAAAUCCGACUGCAAACUUAACUAUUGUUAUAAUACUGAAUAUUGUUUCGGUUUGAAUCGAACAACUGCAGCUCAAAAGUUGCACUAAUUCGGUAACCUGGCGAUCGAAUUAUUGAUACAACGGAGUUACGAAAAUUUGAUUAACCGAACUAAUGUUAUUAUCUAGAUGUAAAUAUGUAAACGGAUCCAAUACUCCGAAGGUGGCCGAGACAGACGUUCGUAAGUAAAUAUAUAUCCUGUUUCUUCGGUCCGUUUUAUUUACGGGAUAACGGAUCCGGCGCGUGUCGGACACCGCGGACAAAAAGUCUAAAAGUAACCAAUCAAGAUAUAAUUGAAAUUUCAGUUCAGUUAUGUAAAUAAUUCGCUACGAUACAUAUCUAGUAAUAUUGUAUGUUCACAGACGAUUUAAGUAAUAUUAGUCCGACCCAAGGCUUUGUCUACCCCGGGAUGACUUUAUGUAAGUGUUUAUACCAAGCGGGAUUUAAAAAUUAUAAUGUAGAACUCUAUUACUUUCACUCGUGAAGAAUAGAGCGAGAUGUGGCAUUUUGAACUCAGACGGAUUUUUCAUUAAAAUUUACUUGUAACUAAGUAGAAUAAUUUUUGAAAUGUGUGAGCGAGUGGUAUCUAUUGAUAUAUGGUUAACCCCAUUUUGAAUUAUUGGUAUAAAGGCCUGUGUAGACCGAAUGCGUGGCGGUCCGCGUUUAUUACAUGGAAUUGAAAUACAUGCGCGUACGCACCGUGGACAACCACACUCCGUUUGCGCAUUCGAUUUGCCCCAGCCUUAAAUAUAUAUAAAUGCAUGUGCCAAUUGAAAAUCAGAAGUGUUUACAAUAUAAUUAGGAUUAUUGUGUUCGUUGUGGAGUUCAGAGUUUAUUGUUGUUUAACUUACAUGGGUUUAGGUGUUUUUGUCUAUGGUUACACUUGCCAAUACGAUAUGGCUUCCACAAGCUGAAUUAGGGAGAGAUAAAUUAGCACACGAUACAAAAAAACUGUACAUUUUGUUGUAGAGAAGCCAACUGCCUCUAUUGAUUUAGUCGGCUCGGGCAACUAUUAAUAUAGUUGUCUCGGCUGACUAUAUUAACAAAGUUAUUCUUCUCACAACUUUUUCGUAUACCAGUGAGAUUAUUUCGGUUUUGUCUUUUACUUAGUAAAUUUUGAUCGAAUUAAAGAAAUGACUUUGUUUAGGCGCACUGAAACAUAUUCCCUAGUCCAGUUUAGUGGGAAGCCGUCUGUUCGGAGAUGCGUGCUACAGUAUUGCGGUUGUGAUGACUACCCUCUAUUUUUUAACUGUCUCUUACGUAUAUUAUCAUCCUUGGAGACUUGGCCAAUAUCUGCCGUUACAAGGAAACAAAACUAUUUUAACCAUUUGAAAUUGAAUAAAACGCGAUACAAACGAAUAUACAAAAUUGUUUUAUAGUUUAAAAUUGACACGUUGUCUUCGAAUAAACAACUUAGUAAUCGGCGAAGUUCUAACCCUAAGUUAUAAGCAUAUUAAUGAAAUGCAAAAUCGAUAUAGAAAAAAAUCUUGACACUUUUUUAUUAACGUGGUGUUUUAAUCAUUGCGUAAAAAGAAACCGAACGUUCUUGGUGAGUUUGAUCGCUCUUGCGCACCACUGGUCACCCGCGAUUGAUUGAUACACACAUGAUUUCCGACACGGUAGUCAGGACUCACUAUUGGUCGAGCACUGGUGAUUAUUUGACUUAUCGUUUAAUCAAAGCUACGUACAACUACACAAUACAGGUUAAAAUAUAUAUGAUCAUUACUUGUUAUUUACUUAACUUAAUAAGUAACCUACCCUUGACGAAAAACUACUAUUUGUAGUGUUAUCAAAAUUUCAUACAUGAAUUUAGUCGGUAAAGCCGACAAAGUCUGAGUCGCUGAGCCGAUAUUUAUUUAUUUAUUGCUAACAACCUCAAAAUAAAAAUCAAAAACAAUUGAACAUCUUGACUUUAUGUGCAAGCCGCCACACUUCAGACACACACAAAUUUUUGUACAUAAUCUUGUAAAUAAACGCCGAAAGUGCCUGUCUUCCAUUUUUUUUUUCCUAUGGGCAUUCAAAAAGCUCCAAUGUGCCAAACUUUCGCGGACUGUUUUUGGCAACCUUGAUUUUAUUUUUGUUCUGGCUAGUCAAUAAUGUGACUGCUUCAUUAAAUUAUGUAUUAUUUUUAUGGUAAAUUUACGUGAACUUAGUUCCCUGUGUUUUUUAAACAUUUGGCUUAAUAUAGCUUAACACAUUGCUACUAAGUUCAUGUAAACAAAAUAUUUAAAAAAUCUUAUGAAAAAUAGAGAGUAUGUCAAAUUAUGUUAUGUUAUUGUGUAUUGUUAUUAACAUGUUUGUUUAUAGGCGGUGUGUAUAGUAGGUUAAAUCGUGUUAACAUUAUGUUUUUUUAACUCCUGUAGACUAUGUUCGAAUUAGCGGAAUCACUACGUCGUGUUUGUAUUCCGCAUUGACAAAUUUCAGCUUUGUAUCUAUAUAAAUAAAGCUCAAAAUUAUCAUGCACUUUCUUUCUUCACUUUAUUCAAUAGUUCUACAAUUACUAACAUUAUAUGUAUGAGAACAACAUUUAAAUUCGUCAACGCGAAGUUCUGACAUGACGUAAUAAUUCCGCUCGUCCGAACGCAGACUUGUUACUCGUGAACACUGCCAUAACUGGCAUUUACUUUUUAAAACCGAAUUAACUUUUCAAAUCUUAAUUAAUUUAAUACUGGCCGGUUAUGUCAUUGUUUUCGAAUGAACAUUUUUUCCCAUUCUAUUUUUUAAAAAGCAAUUUGCGGGUUUGCACGCAAACACGCUUUUUGUGGCCAGCUCGUUCGAUCGGUUUAAAAAUUGUGUAUAUAAACAUUUUAUUGUGAAAAUAUUAAUACACUAGUUAUAAAAAAAAUGUUAAACAAUAGUUAUAUUCGGGUUCUGUGAUUCGCAGACCAUAAAUAAUAGAAUUCUAACCAUAAAUUCUGUAUUAGAAUAUUUUAUUUUUGCCAAUAGAUCUAUUUAAACAUUUGACGAGCAAAAUGUGAAUCUUUUGCGCGCCAAAAUAAAAGUUGACGAAUUGAAGUUUUAUUUUAUCAAAUGUUUUUAUUUGAUGUAGAUAUGUAUAAAAUAGAAGACCGGUCGAUCGCCGCUCGCGCUGGUCGUAUGCUCAAUGAUCACUUAGUUUUAAUCUAGACUUAUUUGUUCCAAGGCACAUUUACACUACCCUAAAUAAAUGUUAGUUUGGUACAA